CAAACACACACAGGCACACACAUACACACACACACACACACACCCUGGCAUUCGUCCUCCCUGAAGCUCCUACAGAAGAGCUAUGGGACUAAGCAGACUUCACCAACUGGACCUGGAGUAGAAUCUGAGACGGCUCUCUCUCUCUGUCUCUCUCUCUCUCACACACACACACACACACAUACACACACAGACACACACACACACUUAGACACAAACAAAUACAUCUACACGUUUGUGGAAACAAAACACCCAAAGUGCGUCUCUCUUGACCAUGACGGAUACGGCCGCUGAGGAGGACAAGGACCCCGAUAUUGAGCUAUUUGUUAAGGCUGGCCAGGACGGGGAGAGCAUUGGAAACUGUCCUUUCUCUCAGCGCCUCUUCAUGAUCCUCUGGCUGAAAGGAGUCGUUUUUAAUGUGACCACCGUUGACCUCAAGAGGAAACCAGCCGACCUCCACAACCUGGCCCCGGGGACACACCCGCCCUUCCUCACCUUCCAGGGGGAGGUGCUCACCGACGUCAACAAAAUAGAGGAGUACCUGGAGGCCGAGCUGGUGCCACCGAAGUAUCCCAAACUCGCAGCAAAGAACCGCGAGUCCAACAUGGCAGGAAGCGACGUGUUCUCCAGGUUCUCCGCUUAUGUGAAAAACACCAGGCCGGAUAAGCACAGGGACUUAGAGAAGAGUCUGGACAAGGUCCUGGCGAAGCUGGACGAGUAUCUGCUGAGUCCACUUCCUGAUGAGGAUGAGACAGGACGCCGCAGCGGCAAAGGGGAAUCCACUCGCAAAUACCUGGACGGGGAGGAGCUGACGCUGGCGGACUGCAACCUUUUGCCCAAGCUCCAUGUCGUCAAGGUGGUUGCGAAGAAGUACCGGAACUACGACAUCCCGUCAGAUUUCAGAGGGGUGUGGCGUUACCUCGGCAACGCCUACAGCCGAGAUGAGUUCACCAACACGUGCGCUGCUGAUGUGGAAAUCGAGCUCGCCUACAAGGACGUGGCCAAGAGGCUGGGGAAGUGAACGCGUCGCGGUCACACUCACUACUUUACUUUUUCUCAAACUAAAAUCCUACUUGCGAUGAACAGGAUGUGUAAUUUUUUUAACGCUGAUGCUGAAAUAAGCUUAAAGUGGUGGGAGUCAGUCCAACGGUCUAAUGCCUCUGUAACUGCUUGAUGGAGGAGGCCUGAUAAUAAUAGAUUGUUGUGAUUAAACUGCUCAGAAAUGGUGUUAAUUUAUAUUUGUUGAGGUAAAAUAUGUAAUUUUGGAACAAGCACUUCAUCCGACCAGUGAUUGCAGUAAUUUUCAGUCACUUUAGAACGACCUAUGUCUGGUUACAGUUAAUCUGCUAAUUACGCAGGAUGAAUAAAAACAGGGUUUGAUCAUUUUCCCUGUGUUAUUUUUCUGUUUCCAGCCAAAGCGAUGUGUCGCCGCCUUGCUUUUCUUAAUAUCUGACAUUAAAUUGCACAUUUUUUCAUCUGCUUUAACUGGUAAAACGAACGAAUACUUUUAAGAAUGAUUUCCAGCCAAAGUCAUUUGUCUUUUAUUGGUGUGGUGUCAGCUUCGUGGACUUUGGACAUGUCUCUGUCUUCAUGAGUAAAUGACUCAUCUCCUUUAACUACGUCAUCCCUUUUACUUUCAAUUUUACCUUCAACAGCCCAUUUGAAUAUAUUUUCAAUUUACUUUCGGAUUAAAAUGUCAAAUUCAAUCUGAUAAACGAGCCUCUGAUGAAAAAGAAAAGUUCACCCCACUUGUUGUGUUGACGUGUUAUUUUAGUACAAACUGAUUUAAGUGAAUGUAAUUUGAAUGACAAGUGCCUCAGUGGGCGUCUCCUCUGCCUUCAGCUCUUUAUGUCUGUACAGUAAAUUAUAUAUAUUUGAAUAUAAGAUAAAUGGGAAUCACUGAUGUCGUCUGCUUUCUGAAUCUGUGUGAUGAUAAUAAAUAUGUCUGUAAAUGAUUAUUAGAGAUCAUUAUAUUCCUUCUGAUGAUUAGAACCGCAAACCCCACUGUGUAUAUGUCACUUGUUGGAAUAAUAAAUCUAUUUUCUCAGAGACUGA